AUUUAAAGUUCAAUAUAGAUAAGGGAGAUCAAUAUGCUUGAAAACAACAUGGCGGCAUGUAUAGAUUUAUGAUGAUUCAUUCCACUGAUUAAAAAAAUACAGUUGACAGAUAUAGUCUUUUUUUAAUCAAGUUUAUAAAAAAGCACUACUGUCCUCUGCAAUGUCAGUCCUCUUGGCAGUUCAGUUCAUCAUUGAGGAAGUGUACAACCAUCCAAACAUUUCUGCUGUAGUAUCAGUCUCCUCACUAUUGCUGUGGCUGUCUAUCAGACGCCCCUACGACAUACCUCCAAACCCAUGGAUAAUAUUCCCCAUCAUAGGUCACAGACCACUGCUGCGGGGAGAUCCGAUAGUGACGCUUCGGAAACUGCGCAAGGAGCUGGGUGAAGUUUUCAGCAUUUACGUAGAUGCUCAGCUUAUUAUUGUAGUGAAUGGAUAUGCUGCCAUCAAAGAAGCUUUCUUCACACGUGGUGAUGAGUUCCACUGGAGACCUAACACAAGAAUCUGUGACUUAUUUCAUUUUGGUGUCAUUUGCAAUUCAGGCAAGGAAUGGAGAGAACAAAGGAAGGUUACAGAAGCAGGUCUAGAACAUGUCAAGCCCAAUAGUUCCACCUUCAUACACAGAGAGGCUUCACAUCUGAUAACAGCACUAAGAGCAGGAGAAGCUAAGGCUGAGGAUGUCUUUGUUUUGUUCCAUUCUGCUGUGUUCAAUGCCUUGACCUCAGUUCUGGUCUCUCGUCGUAUGGACUACAAAGAUGUUCGAUUAGAGAAAGCUGUUGAGCGUUUUAAAGAGAACUUGGAACUGUUCUCUGAUAGCAAGUACCCAAAUUUCUUUCCGUUCCAAAAAUUUCUUAUGGGUGAUUUCUUUGAUGUGAAGUUUCUAAGAAUCAACAUGACAGAAAUUCAUCAGAAAAUUAUCAACCCAAUAUUUGAAGAGCAUCGCACUGAGUACAAUGAUGAAAAGGUUGUGGACUUCCUGGAUGUCUACCUGAAGGAGAUGAAAGCUCAGAAAGGGGUGGAGAAAACAACAGUGGAAGAAAGAAGCUGCCAGGCUGUGUUGUAUGACUUACUUUGGCAUGGCACUGUCACGACUGGAGCCACUUUAUACUGGGCUAUAGUGUUUCUUUUGAGAAAUCCUUCAGUGCAAGACAAGUUGAAAGAACAAAUCGAUGAAGUUCUUACAAAAACAGAGGCAACUUCUGAAGAGGUAAAUGGGAGUCAAAAGUUGAAACCUGAACUGCCAGUAUUCUUUAAAGCAUUUAUCUGUGAAGUUCAGCGAUGUGCAAACAUUUGCCCUAUUUCAAUGGCUCAUGCGGUUGCCAAAGAAAAAUUUCUAAAAGGCUACAGGAUCCCCGGAGAUGCUGUCAUUCUUCCUAACCUAGACUCACUUAUGAUGGAUGAAGAUGUCUGGGGUGACCCACAAGAGUUUAAGCCAGAUAGAUUUACUAACUCUGAUGGCAAGCUCUCUAUUCCUCAUGAAUUUAAACCUUUCUUUCUAGGUACACGUUGCUGUCCAGCAUCUUUCCUAGCUGAGAGUGUCUCAUCCGUCUUUCUUGCAUUUAUAUUAUACAACUUUGAUAUUCUUCCUGAAGUUCAAGGCAGUCUGCCGUCAUCUCAGAGGAAGAGAGGCCUCAUUCCUUACCCUCCAAACUUCAAAUGCAAAUUUGUGCCCCGCAGGAAAAGCCAGUGAUAUUAGGCUGGGCCAUGAUUAUCUAAAAGUAAAAUAUGUUUGUUCUACCAAUUACAAAUUAGCUCAAACAUCUGUGUUUGUCAUAAAUAGUGGUUCCCAAACAUUUGACUUAUAACUCCAUUUUCUAAAAUUAGAGUACAGCACCUUCAAAGUUCUUUUUUUUUUGAGGCUAGAAAAGCCCAUAUUUUUAUAGCCAAUAAAAAAGUUAGAAAUCAGGUUUUAUGAGCAGUAUUGAUUCAGCUUCUAUAAAUUUCUAGUCAUUACUAUCAGUAGCAGUCCUUAGCCAUUAUCCUCUCCCUGAAAGAGGGACCAUAGAAAGCUUUGUCAUCUCCUGGGUUAGGAACUGCUGAACUGAAAUUUUAAGGAAUCGCUGUUACAAUCAUUGAGUGCUGUGUUGUUGUUUUUUUCAAAACAAUGCUACUUAUUUAGAAAAAAAAAGGAAAAUGUUACAAACAUGGUUAAAACAAAAAAAAUAUUAUUUAAGUGCCAAUGAUUUUUACCCGGCCUUUUAGCCAGGAAAAAGGGAACAAUUAUUGCACUUUUCAUUACUACCAAUAACAAUAAAUACCAGUACUAAAUUUCUCAAUCAAAUGUAUUCAAAUAUUAUGACAUGUGAAUCAAUGGGAUUUAUAUCUAGAUUUAUCUUCUUUUUAAUUGCCUAGGACAUCUUUCAUUCUUAUACUAGACCAGUGCAAGACAUAGGCUAGCAAGAGAUCAAAGCCUAAGUCUCAAACUAGAAGAAGGACAAUAACAAUUCUAAUUCAUUUGACCUAAGAUCUAGACCUAGAUCAUUAUUACUGUUCUGUGGGAUAAAUUAGAAUAGUUUUAUAUUUCACUUUAAUUUAGUAGUAAACCUUUUGGAGUAUUUACAAGACAGAGUGCAACUUGAACCAGUAUAUAUAGUCAUGGUGAUGAUUUUUACCGAUAAACAAUACUAAAAACAAUUGCUAGAAAAUAUAACAAAAAAAUGCAGAGCAUGGAUGAAUAUUGGAUAUAGAUCUAUCAUUUCUGUUGUUUUCAUUUAUCUUAGGCUUAGAUCUAUAGUCAGAUCUAUCCAGGUGUAAAGAUAAAAGCAUAGAUCUAGUCAAUCUUGAUCUACAUUCCAGACCUAGCCUAAGGCCAAGGCCUAAGGACAAUACUAGAUUCUAAAUCUAAAUGUUAAUAAUGCCCAAGUCUGCUUCAAGAUCUAAAUCUUCAUUAUUACUAUUAUGACAUUAAUUUGGGAUAGACGCUCCGCACUGAGUUAAUAGAUAUAAGUAUAAGCAAUCAAAUUAGUCACAUACUGGAUUUUUCAGAAUUUGUAUCUUAUGAUUGACAAUACCAAUCAUUCUUCAUUUAUUAAAUUGAGAAACUCUUUAAAGAUCUUUUACAUUGUCAAAUCUUCUUAAAUUAUUGAUAUUUUUGUAAAUUAAAAUGUCUACAAUAAGAUAGUUUUGAAAAUGUUCUAGUACAUUUGUAUAAAGUUAGGAGUUAGAUUUUGAUUGAAUGUCGAAGCUUAGCUUUGUUAUUUUAGAAUAUUAAACAUAGCAACCUUAAAAUGUAAUUUAUUUUCUAAUAAUGGUUUGUGUUAUGUAAUUUUAAUUUGAGGGUAUAACACAACCUUGAAGUAGGCUGUUCACACAAAAGUGUUCAAGCUAAUGUUUACAAAUAUUUUUUAAAUAGUGCCAAUAUGUCCUAAACAUGUUUUAAAACAUGCAUUUUUUUUGCACUUUCAACUUUCUUGUAUAGUCCAGUAACAAAAUGUUAAAAACUAAAUCAAUUUGUAUCAACUUGACCUGAACAGAAAAUCUAGAAAAAUGUUGGACUUGAUUACUUUCUAUAUGCACUUGGCAGAUAAUAAAAUUAUUUGUAAAAAAAUUAACAAAAUAAUGCUAUAAAAAUUGAAUAGAUUUAAUUUACAAAAUAGACUUUCCUUAUUAUUUUUUUUACUAUAUUUUUUUCAUUCCUUUAAUAGUUAACUCUUAGCCUAGAAAUUGACUGGUUUAAUAGUUAACUCUUAGCCUAGAAAUUGACUGGUUUAAUAGUUAACUCUUAACCUAGAAAUUGACUGGUUUAAUAGUUAACUCUUAGCUUAGAAAUUGACUGGUUUAAUGGUUAACUCUUAGCCUAGAAAUUGACUGGUUUAAUAGUUAACUGUCAGCCUAGAAAUUGACUGGUUUAAUAGUUAACUGUCAGCCUAGAAAUUAACAGGAUUAAUCGUUUGUUAGCCUAGUAAAUGAGUGGCUUAAUAGUUGGCUAUUAGCUUAGUAAUUGACUGGUUUAGAUUAAGUGUUGAUUGGAUAAAUGAUGGUCAGUGAUGACUGUUAGUCUAGAAAUUGACCGACUAAAUAGUUAACUGUUAGCCUAGUAAAUGACUGGUUUAAACGUUGGCUGUUAGAUAAUCGAUGGUCAGCGAUGUGUAAUUUGAUAUUUGUGUUACAUGUUGACUAUUUUCAAACAAAAGUAUUGAUAUUUAACCUAACUACUUCCAUAGUUGUUCUAUUGAUUGUGCUCUGUAGAAAUGUUUAAUGUUGGACAUGUAUGUCUACUGGCUGUUAUUUAACCUUCAUUUCAACUCUUUUGAUUAAACUCAAGAUUGGGAAACAAUCCAAGUGACCAAACCAAAUUUAAAACUCACUAUUAAAUUUAUAAAUUGAAAUGUUGUACUCAUUUCACAUUUGAGCUACUCUUUUAUAAAUAACGUACGUUCCUUAUUGAAGAAUGUUGCGUUAUGUCGUAGUUAAUUAUGCCUUUUUUCUCCCAUGUUAUAUUUGUAUAAAUCUUUUUGCAUUGUGAUUUGAAAACAUUUUAUCUUGAUUGAUUAUGAUUUAUUGCGUACAUUGGCACACUUUAGGCCAUGUGUGAAUUUGAAGUUUAUCUUUGUAAUAGAUAGCAAUCCUCAAAACUUGCAAUGAGAACGAGUAUAAAACUAAAAUUUUUGAAUCUUGUUGAUUAGAUGGCCACAGAACAGCACACUAUUUACCCUGGCACAAUCCUGCAAAAGAGCCCACAGCUCAGCAGCAAAAAGCUGGCUAGAAGAAGAAGAAGAUUAGCUGGCCACUAGUAUGACCUCUCAUAGUGUUUCUCGAAUGUUGUAGUAUUCAGAAAUGUUCUUCACCCUACUUUAGUUUUAGGCAAAAGGCUUUUUAAAAUUUUACUGCAUAAGAAUCAAAUGUAUCCAGGACUAUAAAAAAAUGUGUACUUUACAAUGUUUGUUAUUGAUGAUUUUAUUUUCAUUUUAUAUUCACUUUUUUCUUUUAUUAAUCAACUAUACAUAAACAUAUGGAUAAGAUUUAUAAGAGCAGUACGCCAAAGAUUCAACAGUUCAGUUGAAAUCCAUUUAAAAGAUCAUGAACAUACAGUAUAGUAAAAUAGAUAAUAAUCCAUGGAACAGUUUAGAAGUUUAAAAACUUAAUUCUAACUUAAAGCUUAAAAAUGUGAAACAGAGUUUAUUUUAUGAAUGGACUGCCUUGACUGAUAUCAUUGCAAAGUACAUUGUUAUAUAUCCAUUGAACUAACUUAUUUGUGUGUGCAGAACUGUAUAUGUAAGAUAAAAGAACAAGAACCAAAACUUUUUCAGAAACUUUUUCUAAGGCUAAACCAUUAGGUAAAACUCCACAGUUUAUAUAUAUCCACUUCAUGGCAGUCAACUCAAGAAGGGGUUGACCUUUGUGUUAUUCCAAUCUGAUUGACUUAGAUUUAAAUUUGUACUCAUUAACCCUUUAGAUGCGUGUGGUUGUUUAGCCUAUAAUUUUAAUUCCAUUUUGUAAAGCACUCAUUGUAAAUAAGCUCAGCACUUUAAGGGUUAAUAGGCUAUUGAUGAUAUAUAACAACAUAAGGUAAACAGUUUACUCUGGCGACCAUUACAUAGAUCUAAGUAGUUUGGGCACCAUUUUAGAGUGCUGUCUCUUUUAAGUAACACUGAUCUAGUCUUGUGUUUCCAUGAAACACUUCUUCCAUGAAGCCAAGGUUGUGUCCCUUGCCCUUUGUUUUGUUUAUAAAUAGGUUGUAUAUUUAUACAGUUUACAAUCUGCUUACUCUAAACUGCUUUCUGAACAAAACUUGUUUAUUUUUGUAUGUUAACAAGGUAUAGUACACAAAUUCUUAUGAAUCUUAUUAUUUAUUUUUAAAAAAUCAUUUGCAGAUAUUGUUAAGUAAAAAUUUUUUUUUCUGAAUUUUUACUUGAAGCCAAGUGACCAAGUGUUGCAAAAGUACAAAUAGUUAAGAGGCACUGAGAACUUAAGUAUGUAGUAAUUACUUUUACUUAUUAAUAUUUCUUAUCUCUUUUCUUCUUCAACAAAACUUUUUUUAAAAAUCUCUUUUUACUUGUUAGAUCUUGAACUUCCGAUGAACAUUGUCCUGGCCAUGAUUAAAGAAUAUGUUCAUGUUUUGUAAAAUAAAUGCUUCAUCUGUGUGUGUGUCUGUUAGAAACAAGUCUCAGACAUUUGAACUUCUGACUUGAUUUGAUAAUGUGUGUGUCGCAAGAUAAUCUUGACCUUUUUGUUACCAUCUCAACAGUGAUACAAGUUCUACUUCAAUGUCUCUGUUGUAGGAUACCAAUGCUAAGACACUUGUUCAUUGUCCCAUGUAUGCAGCUAGUCUCAUCAAGUCAACAACUGAGUGUUGAUUUCAUUCAAUUUAAAAAAGGGAACUAAUGAGACAUUAAAAUUUGAACAUUUUUUUUUUUGCUAUUGUGCAUGUAAAGAAUAAUUGGAUUUUCAACUCCAUUAGUUUGAAGUAAACAUAAAAUGUCUCCACAUAGAGUUCAGAUACAACUAUUUUUUUUCUUUAUGCCACUCAGUAUUUUACAUAAUUCACUUUGACGCUACAUGUUGGAGCCUCAGGAAGUUUUGAUCUCAACAAAAUUUUUUACAAAAUGUGAAUUAGCCUGUUUUUUUGUUGUUUUUUUUUUUAAAAAAAGGAAUUGUCAAAGUUCUUUGUCAGUUAUGUUUGUUUGAAUUGUGUUUGAACUGUGUUGGCCAUGUACAAUUCAGUUGUAUAAAAUUUGAAAUUUGAAAUUAGGUUUGUAUUGUGUAUUCUAUUUAAACAAGAACUUGUGCCAAUGUCAUUUAUUUCAAUAAGAAUACAAGUUUCUCAGCAAGCUUCUCUGUUCCUCCAUGUGAUGUGUUAGGUGUGUAACUUCUCUUGUUGUGACAUGCAACAGAUGUGUGUUUUCAUUUCAUUCAAUCUUAUGUUUGUAUUUGGCUUGUUUCUCUUCAAUUCAUACUGAAUGGACAUUCCUGUAUUGCAGAUUGAGACUAUGAUCUACUUUUAUUGCUGUCGUUAAUAAAAUGUCACAAAUAGUCAAUAACAA